AGUCCUUUGCAAUAAGCGCACUCUCCGACUUUGAAUAUUUCAGACAAAGAGCCAGUCCGAGACGGAAAGCUAGGUUGAGCGACACGGAAUAUGGGCCGAAAGAAGAUCAUCAUCGACACCGACCCCGGCAUAGACGAUGUGUUAGCAAUCUUGCUUGCCCUCUCCAUGCCCGCGGAAGUUGAGGUUGUGCUUCUGUCUGUCACCUUUGGCAAUACGGAUGUGGACAAAUCUCUACGCAACUUACUGUCACUCCUGCAUGUGCUGCAGAAAGAAUCCGAGUGGCGGCAGCGGCAGGACCGAAAGAGGAAUGUAGAACUCUGGGGGCCAAAUGGCAGGAAGCCGAUUGUGGCCGUCGGAGCCGCUACUUCACUGGCAGGACAAGCCCACGAUUGCGAUUGCUUCCAUGGGAUCGAUGGUCUUGGUGGCAUACAUGAGAAGGUACUUGAUCUGACAAGCUUACCGAACAAACUUGCUAAGCCGGGAUGGGAGCAGAUGCCAGAGUAUUCGCCUCCACAGGAAUGGUGCAGACUGUUCUCCGAUGACGGCACGGAUGCGGACAAGGAUUCGAAAUCGGCUCUGCCAUUCGAGGCAUCUUCCGUGGACGCUGCGGCAGAAAUGCUCAGGAUCCUUCAAGAACAUCCACCAGACACCAUCACCAUCGUGGCCCUGGGGCCUUUGACGAACUGUGCCUUGGCCGCUUCAAGAGAUCCGGCGACGUUUUUGCGCUGCAAAGAACUCGUCGUGAUGGGAGGUGCAGUCCAUGUUCCCGGUAACACCACCCCCUUCGCUGAGGCCAACAUAUAUGCCGAUGCGCAUGCUGCCGCUCUUGUUUUCUCCUUGACGUCUCCAGAUCCUUCUUUGACAAUGCCUUUGUCAUUUGGGCCUGCAUCAUUCACGGGUCCGGGAAAGAGUGUCGCACAUGGCCAAGCCAAAAGACGUCUGAAUCUUACACUCUUCCCACUAGAUAUCACCACGACACAUCUGAUGCACAAAGAAGACUACGAUCAGGCCAUGGCAAACGACCUCGAGGACGGCUCUCCACUGGCGAGAUGGCUUUCAAUGUGCGUGUCGGCGCUGUUUGACAAAGUGGCUAGCCAGAGACGUGCUACCGGAGGUCAGUGUGGAUCCAGCACGAAUACUGCUGUACAACUCCACGACCCGCUAUGCAUGUGGUAUGCCAUGACUUCAGACGCCCUGGAAUGGAAGACAGCCAUUGAUUGUGGGUGGGAAGACAUUCGUGUCGAGGUAAUCGGUGAGUGGACAAAAGGACAGACGGUCAUUGAUGGUCGGAUGAUGGUCAAACACAGCCAACAAAGCCUUGGAUUAGAGGCCGGAGAGAGCUCGAGAAACAAAAGGUCAUGGUUGAUAGAAGGACAAGGCAACAAGGUCAAAAGGAUCGUUGGCUCCCCCGGAGCAUCUACCUUUGGACAAUAUCUUCUUGAGGCCAUUGUGGGAUAGAUAGCCCAUGUUGUGGA